CUAGCAGAGGGAGCGUCAUCGGAGGAAUCGGUUCCCGUUCCCUUCCCUUUCCUUCCCCGAUGCCUUUCGAUUUCGAUUUCGAUCUCGAAAUCUAGGGUUAGGGUUACGAUGUCUCGUUCUGGCUGAUUAGAUCGUACGCCUCCUUGGCUUCGACUGCGGGACGAUCUACGCUUGUGUGUGGUAGAGGAUCUUAGGGGUUUCUUGAUUUGUGGCCGGAGAAUCGAUGAACGAUCCGUCGCAGUUGAUGAACCGGAGCUUCGGGAUCUGGCCGCCGCCGGUGGCGGAGGAGUCCAUGGGGUUUCCGAACCCCGUUCCGCCGCCUCCGCCCUUUGCUGCCCCUGGCGGGGUCAAACCGGGUCGGACGAACUGGAAGGCUAAGAAGGCCGCCGACAUGCGGAAGAAGGCGGCGACAAUCUCUGGUGGAGUAGGAGCGGGUGUCCCCCUUGGCGGCGGUGGCGGAGCCGGCGCUGGUGUCUCCGGCUACAGGCCUCCGACUCUCCACGAGCUCCAGUUCCAGAACCGCGUCAAGGCUCGCAGGUUCUACCCCAAGAAGAAGUUUCUGCGCUCCGCCCCCUUCGCCCCCCGAAACACGACCUCCUUCAUCAUCCGCGCCAAGAAGUCCGGCGGGAUUGCGUCGCUAGUGUCGCCGUGCCCCGUUACGCCGGCGGUCCUCCCGACCCCCAGGUUCUCCCCGACCCGCGAGGACCUCGCCGACAUGGUUAAGGAGGAGUGGGGCGUCGACGGCUACGGCUCGAUGAAGGGCCUGAUCCGCCUCCGAUCGCCGAGCGGCCACGAGAUCCGGCCCGCCGCCGCCACCGGCGGUGGCGAGGAGGACGUCGAGGACGAAGAGGGGUCGAGCGAGAGCGACGUGGAGGAGCACCUGGAGGUGGAGCGGCGGCUGGACCACGACGUGAGCCGGUUCGAGAUGUUGUAUCCCGGGGAGGAGCACGGCCUGGAGUCCGCGGCGGACCUGCUUGAGAGCAGGGUCGACGACCAGGACGCGCACAUCGCGAGGCUGGAGGAGGAGAACUUGACGCUAAAGGAGCGUGUUUUCCUGAUGGAGAGGGAGAUGGGGGACUUCCGGAGGCGGCUGCAGUUGCUUGAGACUCGGUGCCCCGCGAGGGAGGAUACCGAUCACAAUAACGACGGCAGCAACAAGAAGAACAAUGGGGAGGCAGCCCCAGAGAACGAAGACGAUGCGGAGGAGUGCUCGGGCGAGAGCAGCGGCAACCCGAUGCUGGAGUGACCCGAGAAGCAGCAGAAGGCGAAGGAGAUCAGAUUACACUGCCGCUGCUGUGCUAUGGCAUUGACAAGUCAAUCAAAACAUGGCAUUAAAAGCACCAAAGAAGAAGAAGAAGAUGGACAGCAUUGAAGGAGGAAAGGGAUCACUUUCACUCAGUCAAAGAUUAGCACUCCCCUACUGAACUAAAUGCCCUCAAAAACCUGUUUCCUUUCAUCUAAUGUUGGUGGCCACAUAUCUAAGCAUACUGAUGAAUGUCAACACAGUCCCUGGCUGCUUUAGAAACACAAAAAUAAUCCAAGUCUAAAACAUGUGGUCAGCUUUUUCUGGUGUUUUCAGCUCACAUGUUCUGCCUUAGAGAGAGAGAGAGAGAUCUUGUCUUUUUCGUAUGUAUUCUGUGGAUGAAAGGUGGCAGCCACUGCAGAAGCCAAUGGAUGGUGUUGACAUGGCAUAAAGUGCAGACACCUUUGUCAACUCACAUCUUGUGGUCAGAAUCCUUUCUCCAUCUGUGUCAUUUUUAGUGGCUCCAUAUAUUUCUGCAGAUAUUAUUGUCCCUCU